GCUCAGCCCAUUCUACCGAUGCAUCGACCGCUCGAUGUGGGAAGCCGCGCUGCUGUUGCACAAGCAUGGCUGGCCUAUGUCCGAGGCGGAGAUCCCCUUGCUCUUCGACUUCGCGGCCGCGCGGGGUCUGGGGAAGGAGUGGAACUUUGUCGCCGAGUUCUUCUUAGCACCGGAAGGCGUGGACAACGCAUCCUUGGAGGAGGUGACUUGGCCAGAGAUCUUCAAAGAUACCAACACCGUGCUGGUCACCCACCCGAUGUGCGGCCGACAUGGACAUCUGCCAGAGGAGGCGGAUGACCCUCAACUGCGACAUGAGCUGAUGGGUCGAAUCCCAGAGAAUCCUCAUCGAUUGGAAGCGCCCAGGGCAUGUUUCUUCGUUUCGGCCGACGCCUGCUGAACGCUUUGGCCGACGUCUGUCCGCGAGUGUGCGGGAGUGCUUUUUGGUGCAUGGUUAUUG